GAGCCGGAGUCGGAGCCGGCGAGAUCGCCCUCCAUGCUGCGGGAGCUGCGGCCGCCUUCCGCUCAGCCCCUGGUCCCAGGCGAGCCUGGCGAGCCGGCGAAGCACCGGCGGGGAGGAGGACUAGAACAGGAGGAGGGGCACGGCGGAUUGAAGCGAGCUGGGCUGUGAGCAAGGGACACCCACAGCCUGGAGAAACAGCCCCGCUCUCUUGCGCGCUGUCUGCUCCAGCUGCUACUGGGGGCUCUAAGCAGCGCGAUGCUGCUUCGCUUCUUCUAGGCGGCGGCCGGCGGAGGCUUUCCGCAGCCGCUUGGCCGGCGCCGGCCCCUAUUCCGCUGGCAAGUCCGUUGUCUAUCCCGGAGGGCGCACCCGGACGCCCAAGCCGGAGCGAGCGCGAAGUCCGAAGUCCGCCCCGAGAGCCGCCAACUUCCCUGUGAGCCCCUCUCCCCGCCGCAGCCUGCGCCAGACCUGGGAGCGAUGCGCCCCCACCCGGGCGGCGCGCCCUCUGCCAACUCGCCACCCAUGGGAUCGACUGCCCUCAGCUGCCCGGCUUGGAGUGCGUAGGCUUCGCCGCGUGGCCCAGGAGAGGAGCGAGACACCAAGGCGUUUCGCGGACUCCGCGCGCACCAGUCGGCUUGGUGGCCCUGCGGGAUAGCGUUUAUACCCAGGGACUUGGAAGAAACCUCCAUCCUCAGGGAUUUGAAGAAGGUUAUACUGGAACCUCUGUGAAGGCUGAGACAACCGUCCCUUUUGUGGUGGCCUGAGGGGAUUUUCUUAAUCCCAAUGUUGCCCUGAAAUUUAUGUCCAGGAUUCGAAAAGUUUAGGACUGCUAAGAGACAUUACUGCCGGGAGUGUUGAGUGAAGGGACCAGGUGGAGAUGAUGCCUCAGGAGCAGUACACUCACCACCGGAGCACCAUGCCUGGCUCCGUGGGGCCGCAGGUAUACAAGGUGGGGAUUUACGGCUGGCGGAAACGAUGCCUGUAUUUCUUUGUCCUGCUCCUCAUGAUUUUAAUACUGGUGAACUUGGCCAUGACCAUCUGGAUUCUCAAAGUCAUGAACUUCACAAUUCACAUUUCACAACUGCAAAGAUAUGGAACCAACCUAAGUCCCCAUGAACAGGAUGGAAUGGGAAACCUGAGGAUCACAGAAAAAGGUCUAAAGCUAGAAGGAGACUCUGAAUUCUUACAACCUCUCUACGCCAAAGAAAUCCAGUCCCGACCAGGUAAUGCCCUGUACUUCAAGUCUGCCAGAAAUGUUACAGUGAACAUUCUCAAUGACCAGACUAAAGUGCUAACUCAGCUUAUAACAGGUCCAAAAGCCGUAGAAGCUUAUGGUAAAAAAUUUGAGGUAAAAACUGUUUCUGGAAAAUUGCUCUUCUCUGCAGACAAUAAUGAAGUGGUAGUAGGAGCUGAAAGAUUACGAGUUUUAGGAGCGGAGGGCACAGUGUUCCCUAAAUCUAUAGAAACACCUAAUGUCAGGGCAGACCCCUUCAAGGAACUAAGGUUGGAGUCCCCAACCCGGUCUCUAGUGAUGGAGGCCCCAAAAGGAGUGGAAAUCAAUGCAGAAGCUGGCAAUAUGGAAGCCACCUGCAGGACAGAGCUGAGACUGGAAUCCAAAGAUGGAGAGAUUAAGUUAGAUGCUGCGAAAAUCAGACUACCUAGACUGCCUCACGGAUCCUACACGCCUACAGGAACGAGGCAGAAGGUCUUCGAGAUCUGCGUCUGCGCCAAUGGGAGAUUAUUCCUGUCUCAGGCAGGAGCUGGGUCCACUUGUCAGAUAAACACAAGUGUCUGCCUCUGAAAGACUAUCCAUAGUGGACAUUGUUGGCAGCAUAAAGGCCUUUUUUGGCUUUAGACACUGGCUGCCAGCUAUUUUUACUAGAACACAGAAAGCCUAUCAAAGACCUUGUGUGUAUGUGUACGUGUGUGUGCGUGCUUGAGUGUGUUCGCGUGUGUGGGUGGAUAUAAAUAUAUAUAAAUAUAUAUAUAAAUAAAUAUAUAUAUCCUCUGUAUAAAAUGAGGUUUCAGUACAAAAGGAACCAUGGGUGACCCUGCGAUAUCCACUGUCAUUUUCCAUCCCAUCCCCACCACCUGAGUGACAGAAAUCUAAACACACAUCCGUCCCAACAUUCCCCAGACUAUUCAGAAUCACACAGCGUAUUGAACACUGACAGAAUCUUCAUCUAGAUAUUCGAGUAGCAGCAUAUCUUCUCUUUUAGUGUCAUUACGAGGGAGUGAUGGCGGGAAUCUCAGUCGCACUCAAGCUCUGAGACCUUUGUAUCAAAAAUAGGCAUUUGAUUUCCCGUUUUAGCUUUAGUAAGGGGCUAACUUCCCCCUCUUCAAGCUAGGAACUGGCAACGCUGUAGAAGUCAGCCGUAGGAAUUCAAAAUGGCUGGCCUACCUUGGCUACCAGACAUAUUGGGGUUUUUGUAGUUGAAUGAAUGAGGAGGAUGAAUUUCAGCAAAUUUUGAACUGCUCACCCAACUUCUGCUAUCUUGCUCCCUCCAAACUCACAGAUUCUCCUACAGUCAAAUUAGGAGCUGUAAAUCAGCACAAAAUAAGAUAACAGCUGUUCCUCAGUCAGCUGGAAGCUACUCAAUGGCCUGAUGGGCAAUGAACAAACGGGUGAUAUGUCUCUGUUUAAAGGAAAAAUGGCUUAAAAGCUGCUCUGUUCUCAUUCUGACUUUAACCAAAAGAUUUCAACCCACAAUGAUCAGGUCAAUCAAAAUCCCUAAGAGCAGAACUCCUACCCCAAAAGAAGCCUGGAAGUCUAAUUAAGAGUAGCAUAAGGAACCUAAUUAUGUUUACCAUGUUUCUUGGGAUUGGUGGAAAAUGUCAAAACAUGCCCUUUAUUUUUAAAGGCAUUCACAAACUCUCUGACUUUGUUCUUCUUAUAUAUUUUUUCAGUGCCGGGAUAUUCAUAUUCCUAAAGCCACUAUUGUGUUUUCUCUAAGAAGCACUACAUGCCACCAGAAUUGUGCACUGAAAGAUAAUACAAACUGAGUGUCUUUAUGAGAAUCACUGUGUCCCCUGAGGCCCAGCAGUACCUGCUUCCCUGUAUGUGGAAGCAGCACCUCAUUCCCGCCAUCAGCUACCUCUCAUCACCCCACCUUCAUCAUCAUGCUCCAGGGUCACCCUGGCCAGCUCUUGUGCUGGGACAGGGGAUUACACCAUCUCUGUUCAAAGAGGGGGAAAUGUGCCUAUGCCUUAAGUCAAUGCACUCAGCAAGGAGAAGCACAUCUUAUUUAUCUUGUUACCUAUAGUUUACUUUGGGUGAUUGGAGGGGAAUGAUUUAGUUAUGACUGGACAUCUUAAAAGCUGAUAGACAAGCCAAAUGGCUGGCAGAUGAUGUGGAUUUCAAAGAGCCCAGAAUGAACUCAUCACUGGCUUAGACAGUCCUGGAUGCCAUUUGGAAAGCAGUGGCCCUGCAAGCCUAAAUGAAGUAGUAUUUGUAGGCCUGGGUGGCAUUUGGAUUUUUCUUUUCCCUCAACAAGGUUUUACUUUUUCUUACUUUACAAGCAAGGGAAGUUUUGUGAUAGGAGAGAAAUAAAAGAUUUGAUAUUUUUUGAGAUGACACUCAAGCAUCAGGCUGAGAUUUGCACACAUGGGAUGUAAAAGCAAGCUGUGUGUUGCUUAGUCACUUACUUAGAAGUAGAUGGUGGGGGACAGCGGCGUGGGUCCUAGCCUGGCCAGUGAUGCUGCUGGCGUCCAGACCCCAAACUCACUCCAAGCACUCUUGUUCAACAUCUCAUGCAGAAGAGUUGGGCUGGUCACUCUUAGGGGUGAGACCCAGUGAUUGGUUGGUUUGUAGCACUAAGGUCUAAAAAGGAAAACCAUAAAAGACAUCAGAUUAUGCUGGAUCAGUAUAAUUAAUAUUCCAUAGGGCCAUGUUGCCAGAAUCUGUAUGUAUCAAUACAGGGUUUUUCCAAGCCAGGAAACGCCCUCCUUGGCUACUAGGAGCACCUAUCCCAUAUCAUUCAGAUAAACAAUGAUAGCUACAAAGUCAUUUGUGGCUAGAUAGGUUAAGACAGGUGAUUUUUAAAAGUAGACUGUCUUUGCAUUUUGCCAUCUCAAGUUCAUUAAUCUUUAGAUGACAAAAAAGCAAAAAGUUCCCAGAACCUUUUUCCUUAGAUUUUGUUCUAAUCACCAUGUGAAAGAAUGAGAUUAGCACCACAAGUUUCAUGCCAAUAAAAGAGACUGGUGUGAUCCCACAUGCAAAAUUUAAUCCUAAGGGUAGUGAGAUCACAAACAGAAUGAAAAUAAGAGCAAUCAACCAUAUAAAUCAAGUACCUAUUGGGAACAGACAUAACACUCAAUUUUUCACUUAUGCUAAGUGACCACAGUAUACAAAGUAAUAAGCAGGAAAUUUGAUAUGGGUUAAAUUAUGCAUUUUGUUCAGAUUUUGGAAAUUGGUAUGCAUUAUAAGUUUCUCAAUGUACAUCUUUUUAUCCCAACACCCUCAAACUAGAAUAUUUGUCAGUGGUCAAGAGAAAAAAUUUUACCUGAAUUCUUGGGGGCCGGCGGGGAGCUUUUACAUUAAAAAUCUACUAACGCCUACUUUUUAAAAAAUGAGAUUCUUUCUAAUCUUUAUAUAUGACAUUUUCUAGACAAUCGCACCUUUGGGUAUAUUAAACAGCUGGUAUCAUAACAAAGAAUCCAAAUGAACCUUCAAUAUACUAGAAGUUCUAGUAUGUUAAUAUUGUUCAGAAGAUUUUUACAAAUUAAAAACUGAUUUCCAAAUAUGUUCAACAUUUACUUCUAUUUGAUAUCUGCUCAAGAAGUCAUAGAAGUCUUGGGAAACUAUUCGAGUAUCACAGAGGUUUUCAAAAGCCCUUAUGGUGACAUCUACCUAGGUAAAAGCCUGACAUGUGGCUUUAUAAUUGUUAUGUUACCCAAGGGAUAAACUUGAACUGGCUUUGAACAUCCUUUAGGUCAUUUUCUCUUUGGAUAAUUUUCAUCGCAUAUCCAGCAACUAUAGACCAAAGUUUGCUUAAGGUUUGACCCUAGAGCAGAGGUGGGCAAACUAUGACCUGGAAACCAAAUCUGACUUACCACCUUUUCCUGUAGUUAAAGUUUUAUUGUCACAUAGCCACAUACAUUCAUUUACAUGUUUUCUGAUUUUACACUACAGCAGCAGGAUGGAGUAGUUGUGUCAGAGACUAUGUAUCCCACAAAGCAUAGAUUACUUACUAUUUAGUCCUUUACAGGCAAAGUUUCCUCACCCCUGACCUAGAGGUUUUUGUGGUAUGCAUUGGAUAUAGCAGGAAAGAAAGCACAUUUCCAAACAGCAGGGAGUAAGCUUACAUUUCUGUGUAAGCUUGGGAAUAUAGUUACUUGGCAAAGUCUUUCAGGAAGGAAGCCCUUCCUUAUGUUACACGUGGAAAGCCUGCCUUCCAAGACAUGUGGAAGUAAGUGAUCCACCUGCCAGAGAAACACAGGCUCAGAGGAUUCCUGGGAACAGGGAGGAUGGGAUUAGUGGAAGCUUAGUGGAAAAGGAAAGUUAUGAUCCUCCAAGACCCUUAAUUGAUAGACCAUACCAGGUUCUGCAGGUCAGCAUCAUUGUGUAAUGAGAAGUGAAGUAGGGGACCCUGUGGUUCAACCUUAGAAUCUGUUUCCUGUAGGCUCUUUCUGCUGUCUAUAUUCAUAUAAAGUUUUCCACCUCACCCUCCCAUAGUCUAGAGGGAUGCCCAUUCCAUGGUCCUCCAGAGAAUAGUUUUGACUUAACAUGUCUUUUUAGCCCACAUCACGUCAGUUAUCAACACCGCCACUGUGCUUACUGUUCCUACAGCCACACCAGGCUUGAAGAGUUAGUGAGACCAACAAAUAAUUGGAAGUAUUGGAAAAAGCAACUUAAAAUACAUGGGGACAAAAAAAAAAACAGUAAAAUUCUUUCUAUCAAGCUGAUGCUGUGAGAAACCAGAUGAAUGCCAGUUUGGCUUUAUUUCUAAGAAUCUGGGUCUUCAUUCUCUGGUGUAGAAGGAAUGCAAAAAACAACAACAACAACAACAAAAACAUAUUUUGAAAAGACAUAUUCUGACAUCUCUGCUUGCGUGUGGUAAGGCAGGUUCCUAUCAGACAUUUAUCCCUUUGGUCAAGAUCCCUUUUGCUCAUACUCAAUAUCGUUUUAAAAAAAAAAGUAUCAGCUAUGGAUGACUCUGGAAGUACGAGUAUCAUGGUGGGGAGGAAGGAUUUUUUUUUUUUUAAUGUAAAUGACCCCCAUUUACCAGACCCUAAUCAAAGUCACUUAAGGGAAUCCCUCAGCCUUUUAUUUGGAAACAGCUGAAAUAAACUGGCAGCAGCUA